AUGUCUGGGAUCAGAGGGAAAGUUGUGCUUAUCCUAGGCUUCGUCUUUCUGACAACUCUUCUGGCGGUGGUGAGAGGGCUUCCCCUGAGGAAACAAGGCACCAGCAGCCCCAGGGAGCGGGGUCACAAGCUGAUGGAGGUCUCCACUUCAUCUGACACCCAUUUGACUCAGGAAGAGGAGAUGCCACAGUCCAACAAGGUUCGGAGCCUGAGGCGAAGCGGGCAGGCUGGGCCUCGCCGGCACAAACGCCGAUGGUCGUCCCAACGGGCUGUGAGGAACCAGCCAGUGCCGCUCUGGCCUGGCGGCGCUAGCAAGGAGGAGAGCACACCCUUCGUGCUGGACUUACAGAACCUGCCAGGGUUGGCCAACGUUGACCUGAGUGCCCAGAACCCAAACAUACAGGUAACCAUUGAGGUGGUAGAUGAUCCCCAGGCUGAGAUAGAGAUGGAUUUGCUGAAGGAGACCAGCAAUGACUGGUCCCUGACCUCCUCCGAGUGGUUGUCGCACAAGGACCUUUUCUGGCCCCUCUUCUGGGAGUACACGGAUCCCACUGAGGAAGAGGAGGACGAGGAUGACAGCCUGGACAGAGGGGAGGAGGAGGAGGAAGAUUAUACAGCAGAGUAUGAGGAAGAGGAGGAGACAGUGCUGAGUGGAGUGGGAGGCGACUGGGACCAGAGGUGGCCGAGUCAGAAGAACUGGAUCUUCAAGGAAAAAUAUAAUUAUGACUAUGAAGAUGAAGAGGAGUGGAGCUCUUGGUCCCCCUGCAGUGUGACCUGUGGUAGCGGGAACCAGAAGAGAACCCGGUCCUGUGGCUACGCCUGCACAGCCACCGAGUCGAGAACCUGCGACCUGCAUCACUGCCCUGGAGCAGAUGGGGAGAUGGUCUUCACCACUGAUGAGACGCCAUUUGAGGGUGAGAACACCACGGAGAUGUUCAACUCAGAUGUCGACAGCUGUGAGAAGUGGCUGAACUGCAAGAGCGACUUCCUCACCAAGUAUCUGAGCAAGGUGCUGACGGAUUUGCCCAGCUGCCCCUGCUCCUACCCAUUGGAGGCUGUUUACAGUGCUGUGAAUCUGCGGGACGAGCGCCAGGGCAAGAACUUCCGCUGGCGGGAUGCCAGCGGGCCCAAGGAGCGGCUGGACAUCUACAAGCCUACGGCCCGCUUCUGCCUGCGGUCCAUGCUCUCCUUGGACAGCACCACGCUGGCCGCCCAGCACUGCUGCUACGACGAGCACACAAAGCUCAUCACCCGAGGCAAGGGGGCCGGCGCCCCCAACCUCAUCAGCACGGAGUUCUCCCCGGAGCUGCACUACAAGGUGGACAUGCUGCCUUGGAUUCUGUGCAAGGGGGACUGGAGCCGGUACCAUGCUGUUCGGCCCCCCAACAAUGGGCAGCAGUGCGCUGAUAACCCCACUGAGGAGGAGUACCUCUCCCAGCUGCAGGAGGCCAAGGAGUACUAG